CCUGUUGCCUCUUACUCCUUCCCUCGCCCCGUCCGUUUGUACUCCCUACAAAUAAUGCCCUUUCUCACCCGUUCCCCUUCUCUACUCAUCAAACCUACUUGCCUUCUUCUUAAAACCGCUUAUCUACCCUUACAAUUGCACCAACACCAACACAUUCACAUCUACACAGCUUUCAACACCAUGCCACCAUCUAACUUCUCCGGCAAAGGCAGCAUGCACUACACUACCACGAACCCUGCGUUGGCUUCUAGUGAUAUAGACGCGUUUCGAGAUGUUUUGCGCAAGAGUAGGAGGGUUCUUGCGCUUUGUGGGGCGGGACUUAGUGCGGCGAGUGGGUUGGAUACUUUUCGAGGGAAGGGGGGUUUUUGGAGGAGUGAGUUUUUUUUUUCUCUUUUGGUUCUUUUUAUGAGAGGGAGGGUUGGUUGGGAAGGGGGGCUGGGGGUUUUGGAGGUUGUGAGGGGAGGUGGAGGCGCAAGGAAGGGUAAGGGGUAGAUGAAGAUGGACUAACGGAUAUACAGAUUAUAAAGCAAGGAGUCUAGUUACACCAGAGGCCUUUGAGGCGGAUCCGGGAUUGGUUGUGAGUUUGCCCUCUUCCUGUUCUUCUAGACUCUCUUAGUCAUUCAUGUGUUGUUUGAAGGAGUAAAUGAGUGCUAAUUACCUAUGUUGUAGUGGCUAUUUUACGCCUAUCGAAGACAUAAGGCUCUUCAGGCGAAGCCUAAUGUGGCGCAUUUUGCCCUGGCUGAGUUGGCGAGAAAGCGGGGAGAGGGCUUUUUGUGUCUUUCGCAGAAUGUUGACGGUAUGUCUCUUUCUUUCUUGCAGGUUCAGCCUCUGAAAGAAAUUAUGUGGUUUUGAAUAAGAUCGGAGACUCUGUUCAUGUAUGUUACUCGAUGAAGAAGUUUCUCCCAUCGAGACCUCGAAAAGACUUCCAGAACCAAUUCCAUCCCCUUCUCAACUCACUGCAUCUCCCAUCUAACAACCCCCAGGCCUCUCCCAACGAGCAAACCACCUCCCUUCCCAACUAAACUCCUCCACUCCACCCUCUUCAACCUAAAAUGCCACUCCUGCACCUACGUCCAAACCGACAACUUCGACGACCCCGUCCACCCCUCGCUCCUCAUCGACGACGCAUCAAUCAUCGCCCGUCUCUCCCCAGCCAAAAGCUCCGUCACCGCAACCGCCAGACUACUCGAUCCCAACUCUCCCAAGACCAUCGAUCCAGCUGAACUCCCUCAUUACCCGGAAUAUAGGACUGGACUUCUGCGCCUGGGUGUGGUGUGGUUUGGGGAGGCGUUGCCGGAGGAGACUUUGAAAGAGGUGAAUCGUUGGAUUGAGGAGGGUCGGAUUGAUCUUAUUCUUGUUAUUGGGACUACGGCGGCGGUUUGGCCGGCGGCUGGUUAUGUGAGGUUUCCUUCCUUAUUUUCUCCUCUUGAAUAUCUGAUUUGAGACGCACUCGUCUCUAGAUUAACACAUUCUCACUGUUACCAAACCCGCACUGACGUAACAAAGGUCCAAGAAGCCCGGCGAAAAGGCGCCAAAGUCGCAGUCGUAAACAUGGAUACCGACCAUCUAGGUUCAGCAGGCAGUCUACGAAAGGGGGAUUUCCUCUUCGUAGGAGAUGCCGCGACGUUGUUGCCGGAGAUGUUGCAGCCUAUCGUGGGGAUUUGAAGGAGUUCGUUGGUCAGGCUGCGGUACCGGUACUGGUACCGGUGUCAAUGGAGAAGACAGCUGAAGUGGAGGGAGUGAAAGAGGAUGGGAAGGAUGUGUAAAUGGAUUUUGAGACUUCGCUUUGAGGGUAGCUUUUUAGGAGGUUAUUUGUGUUUGUGGGGGUGGUUGGCUGGUAGGAUGGAUUGCACUACUACUAUGUCGGGGGGAUGGGGUUGGGUUCUUGAUCUCUGGUUGUUGUGUAUUUAACGGGCUUUGAAAACCGUAAUACUAUCUCAAUGAAUCUAACGCCUC